AUGGUGCAAAUUAGGGACGGCGGCGACUGCGCCGCCCCCGGCGGCGCGUGCGUGAAUUUUGUUGAUGCGCUCACAGACCCGGGCAUAACCCUCAUUUACCUGACGAGUGACAUCAUCCUCAGCCACGCCGACUUUGACUCAUUUGCGGACCAGCAGUACCACCUCGGGCGCAACCUGACGGUCACGUCCGCGCCGGGCGGCCCGAUGCGCGCGUUUGACGCGGAUUUCAUGGCGCCGCGCGUGCGCGUGACGCGCGGCGUCACCCUCACAUUUCAGGGGGUGAGGAUCAUGAACGCCAGGAAAGCGAUCGGCGUAAUGCUCGACAUGUUGACCGGGGAGCCGGGCAGCACAGUGAUCCUGCGCGACAGCCCCUUUUACCGCUACGCCGCCCUGGCGGUUGACCAGUCAAUAUUACUCACAACGAGCUUCGCCCGCCCCGCGCGGUUCCCCGGCAACCAGACCGCACGCGCGCUGCUCGGCGCUGCGGCGGGCUGCUCCCCCGCGGCGCGGGCCGACAUGGUGUUUCAGGACAUAGCCAUCGACGCGAGCGCCGCGGCGAUGCCGGCGCCGUCGCCGCAGCUGCAGGCCGGGCCGAGCGCGCAUGCUUACACCGUCGUGCUGCUUAACGUGACGCGCGAGUGCGACACAACGCCGUCUGAUGAGUGCUUGUCGUCGGCGACUCCCGAUGUCUGCCUGAACCGGCUGAACGACGACUACCAGCGGCGGAGGCGCGCCGCGGCGGCGUCGGCGCGCGGCGACAGCUUGCGCGGAGGCGCGGCAGCCGGCAUCGCCGUCGGCGCCGCGACGGCGGCAGUUGUGCUGAUGGCGGGCGCGGGCGCAACGGUGGCGCUUCGGCGUCGGAGCAAACGCGCGGCCAAAUGCGAGGAUGAGCAUGGUGCAGUGUCGGCAUCGCCUCAGCUCAACAGCAAGGCGCAAAAGGGCGCCGCGUCGGGCGCCGAGCAAGUCUGA